AGAAUCUGCUCAGAGGGAAGUAUGUACAGCUUGCCUCGAACGAACUGUACAAACAACAACGACGAUACUUUGCUAAACAGAUGCUUAUACGAGUAUCCUCCAAGUCUCUUCACAUUUAUCGGAGAUAUCAUUCAGCCAUUUGUGAAUCCCCGUGGAAUUGCUGUCACCGUGACAACACUGUUGCUUGCUUUACCUGUCGUAGUAAGGUACUCAAGGUCCAUCAGCAUCUCGCCAGCAUCCUAUUUCGCGGUCAAGAUCAGCCUUCUGCAUUUCCUGUAUCGCUGUUGUUACUCUCUCGUCCUGGAUGUAGCUUUGUACACUGUCUUUCGCCAGAGCAGGCCUUGCACUUGCAGUUACAAUGAUGAGAAGGCCCGAAGGAUCGGAAGCGUUUAUGGGAUGCCGAGUGGUGACUCAAUGAUGGGGGCGCUUGUCGGCGCUUUCAUCUGGGAUUCCUCAUCGAGCUUCGAGAUGACGGCGACAGGAGCCUUCGUUACGAUGGCUGUCAUGUGCGAAAGGAUGUCGUGGGGCUUUCACUCUCUGGGGCAGACGAUGGCAGGCAGUGCUCUCGGUAUCGCGCUGCACUACUGGAGCACCAGGACGCCACUAUACUUCACCAUCCUGGAAUCAAUCUUCAUCGUGCCAGGAGGCUUUGUGCUCCUCAUGCUGGAUCCUGCCCGAGCAGAGUGGUCUGUACCCAGCGUGCUGCAGCCCGGCUUCCAGGAUAACCUCCUGGCCUGGUACUGCUGGGGAGUCGCUUUUCAGCUUUUUUCAGCCGUUCUCAUCUGCCGUCAUUACUGCUCUCUGGGGAUCCUCUCAAGGAUGAGGU